CAUCGACUGGAGCUGGUAGGUAAAAACUCUGCUGCUUCAACUUUUCACCACGGCCUCGUUUUAACUGCCGGUGAUGUUUGUACGGCGUUGAAGCGCUGUUUGUCUCCGUUUUCCUGCCUUGCUCCGAGCUCUGCUCUUUCCUCCAUCUUUAAACUCAUAGUGCUCCUGAACCCACCACAGUCUGACUUGACAGUAAUGGAUCAAAGUGGAGCCAGUGAGGGGCCUGGGCCAGGCAGAAGACCCCCCAUUCUCUCCGCCAGUACACCCAUGGCUGCCAAGAAGCAAGUAGCACAGAGUGGUCAAAUGUCCAAAGUGAAGAUAACUCCCUUCCACAGCUCACCCAUAGUCAGCGGUGUUGGAGCUCUGUGCAGCAAACGACCAGGAUCAGCUGCUGGUAAGCUGCUGGCCUCUCCUGGCAGCCUGUUUCUGGACACACCUGGACGUCUGACUGCUCCACCUGUUAGAGAGAGACACAUGGCUGCUACUGCUGGAGGCUCAGAGGAACAAACUCCCACCUCAGGCUCUUUAAAGGCUGCAACUGGAGAAAAAACACAGCCUGCGAACAAGAAGGCAGCACCACUCAACGCAGAGCUUUGUCACAGCCAGAGAGGCAAAGGCAAAGAGAAGAGAGCUGUCUCCACCUCCGCCAAACCUCAGCCAGCUGUGAAGAGGAAGAAGAGGAAGAUGGGAAUGUACAACCUGGUCCCCAAAAAGAAGACCAAGGCCCUUAAACAGCAGGAGAAGAAAGAGGAGCCAGGAGUCAGUGUGGAGAAGAGCCGAGCUGCAGCAGAUGAAAAAGCAGUGAUUCCACCAGAGGCUCUGAAGGUCGCAGAACAGACAGCUGUCAGAAAUGAGUCCCUGAAGGAAGCAGAAGCAGGAGAAGGCAGCCAUGUUGAAUACACAGAGCUGGCUUUGGACUGUCUUGACCUGAAGGCUCAGGAGGAGCUGCUCUCACCUCCCACGUCAGGUGUAGCAGUGGAUGCUGAUGUGACGGAAACACACCUGGCUGAGGAGUUACCUCUGUGCUGCUGUCGUAUGGAGACUCCUCACUGUGGAGGCAGCCUGUCCUCACUGGAGCAGACCUGCAUGGCCAUGGAGAGCACGGAUGGAAUACCAAGUCCUUGCCAGAGACGAGUGAUGAAGCAGGAAAUGAUGCGACCCUCCAACGCAGUCCAGCUGCUGGUUCUGUGCGAGGACCACCGGGCCGGUAUGGUCAAACACCAGUGCUGCCCUGGCUGUGGACUCUUCUGCAGGGCGGGCACCUUCAUGGAGUGCAGGCCAUAUGGCAGCAUCUCCCACCGCUUUCACCGCAACUGUGCCUCCAUCUUGAAGGACUGCAGAUUUUGCCCUCACUGUGGAGAAGACGUCAGCGGAGCAAAGGAGGUCACGGUGCCGAAGGCCGAUCAGUCGCCCUCUGUACCCAGAUCUAACCCCAGGCUGUCACUUCCAGCUGUGCCCACCCUGGCCACCCUCCCCUCAGGACCAACCAGACCUGCUGUUCCACAGGUACUCAGAGCCAAGAAGACCAGCGAGCCUCAGAGGAGCAGAGACGAGAGCCCGAGCAGGUUGAAAGGCGAGGCUGCAGAGAGACAACCUAAAGAGUCACUGGAGAACAUCCUGAUGGCACUGGAUGAUGAGAACCUGAAACCAAAGAAAGUGAAAUACCCCACAAGGCAGCUGUACAUCUCUGCAAAGCAAGGAGAGCUCCAGAAGGUCAUUCAUCUCUUAGUUGAUGGGAAGGACCCCAACUUUUUGAUGGAGGGCCAAAGCAAACGCACCCCUCUCCAUGCAGCAGCUGCUGAAGGCCACCAUGAGAUCUGCCACAUGCUGGUCCAGGCUGGAGCCAACCUGGACAUGUUCGAUGAGGAGCAGAGAACACCACUGAUGGUGGCCUGUGAAAACAACCACCUGGACACAGUGAAGUACCUGCUUAGAGCUGGAGCAGCCAUCAGCCAAAAGGAUAUCAUGGGUUUCACCUGUCUGCAUCUGGCAACUAAACUGGGACAUUAUGACAUAGUCCAUCAUCUGGUGUCCAAGGCUUCCAAACACAUAAACUGUCAGGAUGAUGGGGGAUGGACUCCCAUCACCUGGGCCAUCGAGUACAAGCACAAGGAGCUGGUCCGGCUGUUGUUGUCCAGAGGGGCCGAUGUUAACAUCAGAGACAAGGAGGAGAACGUCUGCCUGCACUGGGCGGCUCUGUCGGGCUGUGAUGACAUUGCUCAGGCUCUGCUGGAGGCUCAGUGUGACCUCAACGCCGUCAACGUUCAUGGAGACUCGCCGCUCCACGUCGCUGCCAGAGAAAACUACCUGGAGUGUGUGACGUUGUUUCUGUCGUGUGGAGCUGAUGUCACUCAGAGGAAUAAGGAAGGACAGACGGCUCUGGACUGCUGCGCCUAUGGCUCCAACGUGUGGACGGCGCUCAGCACCAACAAGAAACUCACUGAUGCCAGGAGAGGCAGGGACCGCUGUGGAGAGAGGAUGCUCAGCAGGGACAUCUCUCGGGGUUACGAGGCCAUUCCUAUCACCUGUGUUAACGGCGUGGACAGCGAGCCCUGCCCUCAAAACUUUAAAUACAUCCCAGACAACUGUGUCACCUCCCCACUGGACAUAGACAAGGACAUCACUCACUUACAGCACUGCAGCUGCACAGACGACUGCUCAUCCAGCACCUGCAUGUGUGGUCAGCUCAGUCUACGAUGUUGGUAUGACAGUGAUGGUCGACUGCCUCUGGACUUCUGUCAGCGGGAGCCCCCGGUGCUGUUUGAGUGUAACCACGCCUGCUCCUGCUGGAGGACUUGCAGGAACCGGGUGGUCCAGAAGGGACUGAGAGCUCGGCUGCAGCUCUUCAGGACACAGACGAUGGGCUGGGGAGUGAGGGCCAUGCAGGAUAUCCCUCAAGGAACAUUCAUCUGCGAGUAUGUGGGGGAGAUCAUCACUGACGCAGAGGCUGACAAAAGGGAGAACGACUCCUUCCUCUUCACCCUCGACAAUAAGGUGAAGGAUGUACACUGUAUUGAUGCAAGACUUUUCGGGAACAUCGGCCGCUUCAUCAACCACCUGUGUGAGCCCAACUUGCUGGCUGUGAGGGUGUUCACCAUGCACCAGGACCUACGCUUCCCCAGGAUAGCCUUCUUCUCCAGUCGGUCCAUCAAAGCUGGAGACCACAUAGGAAACUGUCUCCUCAACCAGACACCACAUUUUCAUCAGGUGAACACCAGCAGGAUUUUACGGUUUUCGUUUGAAUUCCCAAUUUUAAAGCAGCAAAUGAAAGAUGAAUACAGUUAAAAUGUGUCAUCCCAGAGCUCAGGAUGUGACUUAUUUAUACAUGAGGUCAAGUUUCUAUAUGAAGAAGAAGAAAUACUGUAUGUGAGAGAGGGUCUGACUAGUUUUUAAAGAGCCAACAAUCAGGUUAAAAAAUCUUAACAUGAUUUUAACAUCCACAGACUCUUUUUAAUACUGCAAACUGUUGUAUCUGUGAGUUAAUGAACUAAUGUUUUUGGUAGUCUGAUCUCUUCUAUGAACUUUUUACGACACGUCUA